GGAGGCUCGCGGGUGAAAAGCUCAUUGAUGCCGCCUGCACCGGCCUCGGAGCGCCCUGGAUCCAGACGCUGAUCACCUUCUGCCUCCGGAUUCUCCUCCUGCUCGGCCCCGCGGCUGCCGCGAGCAAUGCACCCCCAGGGCCCCGCCGCCCCCGGCCCGCAGCGCCUCCUCGGCCUCCUGCUGCUCCUGUUGCUGCAGCUGCGGGCGCAGUCCAGCGCCUCUGAGACCCCCAAGGGGAAGCAAAAGGCGCUACUGCGACCCAGGGAGGUGGUGGACCUGUAUAAUGGAAUGUGCUUGCAAGGGCCAGCAGGAGUGCCUGGUCGAGAUGGAAGCCCUGGGGCCAAUGGCAUUCCUGGGACCCCGGGGAUCCCAGGUCGGGAUGGAUUCAAAGGAGAAAAGGGGGAAUGCCUGAGGGAAAGUUUUGAGGAGUCCUGGACACCUAACUACAAACAGUGUUCAUGGAACUCGCUGAAUUAUGGCAUAGAUCUUGGGAAAAUUGCGGAGUGUACAUUUACCAAGAUGCGUUCGAAUAGUGCUCUGAGAGUUUUGUUCAGUGGCUCACUUCGGCUAAAAUGCAGAAAUGCCUGCUGUCAGCGUUGGUAUUUCACGUUCAACGGAGCUGAAUGUUCAGGACCUCUUCCCAUUGAAGCCAUAAUUUAUUUGGAUCAAGGAAGCCCUGAACUGAAUUCAACAAUUAAUAUUCAUCGUACUUCUUCUGUGGAAGGACUUUGUGAAGGCAUUGGUGCUGGAUUAGUGGAUGUUGCUAUUUGGGUUGGGACCUGUUCGGAUUAUCCCAAAGGAGAUGCCUCUACUGGAUGGAAUUCGGUGUCUCGCAUCAUUAUUGAAGAACUACCAAAAUAAGUUCUUUAACUUUUAUUCCCUACCUCCUUUUCAUUAUACUUUUAAAUGGUUCAUUUUAAUAUUUUAUACAAUUUUAUAUAUCCUCUGAAUGAAGAAAAAAGCUAAACAUGUUUACAGACCAAAGUGUUUUUUACACUGUUUUUAAAUCCAGUAUUAUUCAUUUUACUUCAAUCAAAAUGGUUUCAGGAUUUUGUAGUUUAUUAGAAUACUUUCUUCAUAUUUCCUUUCCCUGAACUUGUAAUUUGGAAUGUCAUUGUGGUCUUUAAUUUUUUUUCCAUCCUCAGAAAGGAUGAACUUUUUAAAAUAUAAAACUACCAGUCUUUGUACAGGUUGUAAAUGUUCAGAAUUAUUUUAUAUCUGUGAAAUAAAACUUAUUUCAAAAUAACUUUAACA